GUGUAGGCCGAGCAAGCCCAUUGUGAAAAUAUAUAUAUAUUAAUCAAUUGCCGCCGAUUUAACUUCCCUUUUCUCGCCGGAAUGUAUCUUUCUUCCGGUUGCUGAUCCCGGCGUCGAACACUUGCUUCUCAUCUGUCCUCAAACACGAGAGAGCUGAAAUGAAGAGAAAAUGUAGGAUUUGGUUGCCUAAGCAGCUCUCAUCAGCUGAUGAUUUGAGUCACAGUCUAUUGUUUGGGUGGUUCGUAUGUCAUUCCUCGUCUUGUCUUGACGUAGUUGUGGCCUUUAUCUCUGAUGAAAGCUCCUUGUCCAAUGCCGGAUCUAAGCUCCAAGACGUACUCCAUGAAACAAAUGAGAAGAUGCCUUCAACUUUACGGGAUAAGGCAGCAUUUACGCUCCUUGGUCGUUAUGAUAUAUGCCUUAAUGUUAAUGGAAACUCAUCCAAGAUUACAAAAGACAAAGGUGUGUGCAGUAAGGCAGGAGCUUAUGGUGGUCCUUGCAGAUAUAGUAGCCUAAGCUGUGGUUGUCAUAAGGUUGAUGGCUUAUUAGAGGGUUUUAGGGAAGAAUCUGUGAGCAGACACUGGAUUCAUCUGGUGCGUGAUUCUUCGGAGCAUAGACUUAUGGAAUUCCAUUCAAGUUCUAGACUGCAUCAUAUACAUUGGAAUGGGGAUCUUGUAUCUCAAUGCGAUGUCCACGUUGUAGUCUAUGACAUUCCAGUGUUUGGUUCUCACCAUUUCUCGUUAAGCUUUUGGAACUCUCCUCUUCAGACAGAAGCUCCUCGUAAGAAACCCAAGUGGGUUGAUGAUCUUCACAAUAGGCAACCUCUGAAUGAUAUGGAAACUGUGGUUCUGUCCAUAAAUUGCGCUUCAGCUGUCAAGAUUGCCUAUAAGAAGAUCUCCACGCAGCCAGAGACUUCUUCUCGGAACUUUUCCAUUAGUUACCUGAUAUCUUCUUUGACAUGGCGAUUACUCGCCACAAUUAUAGGCUCUUUAUCAAGUCUUUUUUAUAGCCUUAUCCAAUUAUUCUGUUUACUUUCAAGUUUUCCGAUUUUCUCAUGGGUACAUAUCGCAUCAAGGAGGAUACUCAAGAAUACAUGGAUCAACUUCAGAGUACGCAGUUCUCAGAUCUUAUAUUGGCCAAUCUUCCUUGAGGAGAAUGACAUGAUGUCCAUAUGCUGUGUGGAACAUGCCGAGAAAGCUGCACUGCAAAGACAUUCUACGUGGUCGGCCAUGGCUGUUGAUCUAAUUUUGGGGAACUUGAUUGGUCUAGGUCUAUUGUUUAACACCGAAACUGUCUGCUCAUGGAUAUUCAAGUUUACAAAGGAGUUCACAAAUGAUAUUUUGCGGUCUGGUUGUGUGUGGUUGAUGGGAGUUCCAGCGGGUUUUAAGUUAAACACAGAAUUGGCUGGAGUUUUAGGGAUGGUAUCUCUUAAUGUAAUCCAGAUAUGGUCCACUCUCUGGGUAUUCAUGGCCUCUUUCAUCUUUUAUUUGAUAAGAGCAAUCGCCAUCCUAGGAAUUACUUUUGGUGCAACAGUAUCUGCCGCAUUUGUCAUAGAUUUCAUUACUUUUGCAACACUUCAUAUAAUGGCUCUUCAUUGGACAAUCACACUUGUGUACUCUCACCAAAUUCAAGCUUUAGCAGCAUUGUGGAGGCUUUUCAGAGGGCGAAAAUUAAAUCCUCUACGUCAAAGGUUGGACAGCUAUGGUUACACUGUGAAGCAGCAUGUGGUGGGAUCUCUUCUGUUCACUCCUCUUCUGCUUCUGUUACCAACAACUUCAGUUUUCUACAUCUUUUUCACCAUUACAAGCACGACAAUCAACUCCAUAUGUAUGUUGAUUGAAUUCUCAAUCUCUGUCAUCCAUGCAACACCAUAUGCAGAGAUUAUGAUAUGGCUUGUCAGACGUGAAAGAUUUCCUUCUGGUGUUUGGUUUGAAUUGGAACACUGUGGAGAGCAUAUCCUUGAGUCCUCCUCAAAUAAUGCUUCUGAAGACAGAAGCAGUACAGACUCCAAAAAUCUACUGAGAGAACACAAUAUUCCUGAGAAGAAAUCAUCAUCUCUAAUGGUUUCCAAUCUUCGCAGCAAUUUCUUAAGCUUAGGACAGAUACUUUUGCCUCAUUAUAGAACAAUAUUUUCAGGAAUAUCAGCUUCUUCUCUGACUACAUCAGCUCGUGGAGUCCUCAGUGGGGAAAGAAUGCCAUCAAAAUUAGGGCUUGAUCUGCCUCCUCCAAGGCCAUGGAUGCACAUGCCAUUGAGACAGUACUGGAUCCUAUGCCGUAACUCCAUCAUCUCAUCUACGGCAAAUGGUGAAUUCUCCGAUUGAUCUUCUAGCGUUCUAACUCCAUAGACACUCUCUGAUCACUAGGUGGUGCGAAUCGUAAACAUGAAGUCCCCUUUUUUUUAUAUUUGGCCCUUGAUCCUAAUUUGUUCAUCAGCUUUAUAUCUGGUUUUAAGUUUUAACUAUGUAAAAAAAAAUUAUUUUUUUAUAUUAAUGAUUUUAGAUAGAAAUUAUUUUUAUAUGUAAUUAUCUUAUCUCAGAUUUGGUUGUGAUCUCUUUUCAAGAGUCUUUCACCAUGAAGGAUCUCUAGGCUUUGGUUGUGUCUCACCGCCUCUGGUAGCUCAUCGUCGGAGCAACAUAAGGAGAUGCACAACACUCUCAUCCGGUUUUAUUAUGUUAGUUAAGUAGAUUCUUGUAUUGUAACCCGUUUGUGUGUUUUUUUUAUUUCAGAUUUGUUUUUAAUUUUUCAGAGGUUUAGGUUUUAAUUUUCUUUUUUUGGAUCUCUGGAAUCUGUUCCGGGAAGUAAUAGUUUGGAUGUUGUGUAUUUUAUCAGUCUGGGUUUUUUCCCCUUAGUUUGGUUUUAGCCUCCGGGAAUGU